UCUGCUCCCUCCCAGAUGUUAGUCCCACCUCAAGAGUCCACUGCAAGCUUGGCUCCCUUUCUGGACGUGGAUUCGGCUCCAGAGCUGCCCCCAGAGCUGGACCAGCUUGCUGUUCUGUAUCGAGACCUGAACAGCAAGCUCACUCGGCAACAAAGGCUCCCAGAGGCUGUCCCGGUGAUGGAUGGGGACCAGCAUCAGGCCCUGGCUCUGCCUCUUCAACCAGAAAGUAAGGGUCACCAGGCAUUUGAAAUACUCGUUCCACCUCUAGACAGUCAGAGUCCAAAGCCAACCAAGUUUAUUGUUUCACCCCCACACCUGAAGGAGGAUCUCACUCGACAUCGGACACUUGCUAAGGUUGUUGUUGGAACUCCAAAACAUCUUGCAAAGUUUGGGCUUCCAGAUCAAAGUUUUCUGGAUGAUUAUGUCAGCUAUCCUGACAGCUUGCCCCUGGAAUUCGAGGAGGACCCAGGUGAGCACUCAGAGCCCUUUCAGCACGUUGAACCAUCGCAAUUCCAGCGCAAGGGCCAGCUUCAAAGUCCGGAGGCUCUUGAGAAGUUCCAGUUCCCUUCACCCCAGCCAGAGGGCCCAGCUCAGCUUCCACAGCCCCUUGAGGAUGUGGAACCUUCCUCAACCCAGCAGCAGGCCCCGGCUCAGCCGCCGGAACUCUAUGAGGAGGUGGAACCUUCCCCCCAGGAGGGUACAGAGCCUUCAGGGUUCCCUGUGGAACCCGAACCAUCAUUAACCCAGCAAGAAUACCCAGCUCAGCUGCCAGACUUUGCUGAGGAGGUUAGACCACCAGCCGCCCCGCAGGAGGGCCUGCCCGUGAGCACGGAACUUUCUCCCAGUGAGCAAGGGCAGCCAGUUCAACCCUCUGGAAGCCAUCUGGAAGCCCCAGAGCAGCCUUCACAGCUCCCUGCAGAAGUCAGGCCUCCCGUUCAGGAGGAGCCUCCAGCUCCAGCUCCAGAAGUUCCUGUGGAAAGCCCAGCUCAGACUCUACCAGGCGAUGAGUGGACAGUUCCACCUGCAGGUCAGGAUCAAGCUUAUAGCUAUAACUUGCCCAGCGUUACAGCUAAGCCUGCAGAUGUGGAAAUUACCAUAACGCCAGAGCCUACCAAAGAGGGCGGAUCUUCGGCCCAGCAGGUGGCCCUGGCUCAGACUCUGGGCCCUUUCCCCAGUGAGCAGGAGCAGCCAGCUCAGUACGCAGAGCCUCCCAUGGAGACAGAGCCUGCUCCAGCCCCGCAGGAGGCCCCGGCUCAGACUCUGGGCCCUCUUCCGGAGGCUGAAUUCUCCCCCAGCGAGCUGGAGCAGCCGGUUCAGUAUGCCGAGCCUACUGCGGAGGCGGAACCUUCUCUUGGCGAGCAGGAGCAAGCAGCACAGCCUUCCGAGUCUUCCGGGGCGGCCGAAUCUUCGGAAAGCCGGCCGGAAGCCCCAGCUCAGCCUCCGGAGCAUCAGGAGGUGACAGUUCCACCUCCAGGUCCCCAUCAACAUCAACAUCCAGACGUCCCCAACGUGACAAGUAAACCUCCAGACCUGCAGCUCACCAUAACACCAGAACCCACGGCAGAGGAGGGAACAUUUCCAGUCACGCAGGAGACCAUAGCUCAACCUUCAGUCCCAGUCCACGGUGAGGAACCUCCGGAAGCUCAGCACGAGGCCCCAGCUGUGCCUCCAGGGUCUUUUGAAGAGGUUGAACCUUUACCAGUUCCAUCUCCAGAAGUUACUCAUGAGGAGAAACCCUCUCCAAGCCAACAGGAAGCCCCGGCUCAGUCCUCAGUGAACCCUGAGCAGCCCGAACCUUUCAAAGAUCACGGGACAGCGAUAGCUCAGCCGCCAACCACCCCUGAAGAGGACGAGCAUUCUCCAGCUGAUCAAGGGGUCCCAGCUCGGCCUGAAGAACUUGAGGGACCUUCUCCAAGCCAGCAGGAGAGCUCAAUUCUUCUUCAAAAGCCCACUGUGGAACCCACCAUGGAGGCUGAACAUUCUACAGCCCCGAAGAAGACCCCUCCAACAUAUGCUGAGGCGGUACUUUCACACCCAGACCUGAUUCAAGUCACAGAGCAACAUUUGGACCUGGGAAUUGCCUUAACUCCAGAACUCAAUACAGAGGUUGAACCUUCUCCAACCACACAAGAGACCACAACCCAGCCACCUACAGAGGUUGUAGCUCAACUUCCGGUGUAUCAGGAGGUGACAGCUCCAGCAUCAGGCCAGGAUCAAGCUCAGCCUCCAGUGUCAGCCGGUGUCACAGAUCAGCCUUUGGACCUACCCACUACCAAUACUCCAGAACCCACCACGGAGGCCGAGCAUUCUACAGCUCUGUAUCCAGACAAGAUUCAGACACAGCAUCUAAACCUGACUCAAGUCACUGUUCAACAUUUGGGCCAGGAACUUACCAUAACUCCAGAAACCAGUAGUACAGAGACUGAACUUUCUUCAAACAUGCAGGAGACCCCAACCCAACAUCCGGUAUCACCUAAUGUCACAGUUCAGCCUUUGAGUGGAGUGCUUACCAUAACUCCACAACCUACCGUGGAGGCUGAACAUUCUACAGCCCCGAAGACCACAAUACCUCCUCCACUGUACCCUGAAGCAACACUUUCACAUUCAGAAUAUGUUCCGGCUCAGCAUCCAGAAGCGGCUGAAGUCACAGUUCAACCUUUUGAUCUAGAAUUUACCUUAACUCCAGGAUCCAGUGUGGGGGCUGAACCAUCACGAGCCAUCCCGCAGACCCCAGCUCAGCCUCCAGAGCUACCUACAGAGGCUGUAACUCAACCUCCAGUGAAUUAUGAAAUGACAGUUCCAACACCAAGUCAAGAUCAAACUCAACAUUCCAUGUCACCCAGUGUCGCAGCUCAACCUUCGAAGUUAGAGCUUCCCAUGACUGCAGAACCCCCCACACAGGCUGAACAUUCUACAGCCUUGGAGACGACAGUGCCUCCCCCAGUGCACUCUCAGGUGACACUUUCCCAUCCAGACCAGAUUCAGACUCAGCAUAAAAAUCUGACUCAAGUCACAGUCAGACCUCUGGGCCUGGCUGUUACUGGAACUCCACAAUACACUACAGAGGGCAAACCUACGACCGCGCAGGUGACCCUAACUCAGCCUCCAGAGCUGCCUAUCACCCAAAUCCCAGUGCCUGCUACACAGGUUGACCUCCCUAUACUCCUGAAGACCACAGCUGUACCUCCAGGCCAGAUUCAGAUACAGUUCCCUGAAGUUACAGGUCAACCUUCAGAUCUGGAAUUCCCCAUGAUCCAGUAUUCUGUAAAUUAUACCCCAGAAAAUGCUUUAGCUGUGCAAAAGGAAAAGAAUGCCACCAAAAACACCGACAUAUGUGAGCUCUGUACCUGCAAAGACCAGACACUGUCAUGUACUGGUCUCAGCCCAAGGCAGCAGCUCCACAGAGUUCCUGUGCCAGCGCCCAGUACCUUCAAUGGCACCUUCAUCAUCUUAAAUUUCCAAGGAAAUUCUAUUUCCUACAUUGAUGACGACGUAUGGAAAGCAUACCACUGGGUUGAGAAACUAAUUCUCAGUGAAAAUUACUUGACUGAAUUACAUAAGGAUUCAUUUGAAGGCCUGCUAUCCCUCCACUAUUUGGAUUUAUCCUGCAAUAAAAUACAGUCUAUUGAAAGACGUACAUUUGAGUCACUCCCUUUUUUGCAGUUCAUAAAUCUUGGUUGCAAUUUACUCACAGAGCUGAGCUUUGGGACCUUCCAGGCGUGGCACGGGAUGCAGUUUUUGAAUAAGGUGAAUCUUGAUCGUAAUCCUCUGACAACUGUUGAAGAUUCCUAUCUUUUUAAAUUGCCAGCAUUAAAAUAUCUAGACAUCGGAACAACACAAGUACCUCUCGCCGCAGUUGAGAACAUCCUCAUGAUGACUCUCGAAUUGGAAAAACUGAUCUUACCUCGCCACAUGGCCUGCUGCCUCUGCCAAUUUAAAAGUAACAUUGAGGUUGUCUGCAAGACAGUCAAGCUGCAUUGUGGCAGUGCAUGUCUGACAAACACCACACACUGUCUUGAAGAAGCAUCCAUAGGGAAUCCCAAAGGGGAAUUCAUGAAGGCACUGCAGGCCCGGAAGAAGAACACCAGCACGGAGCUGGUUAUUGAGCCAGAGGUGGAAACGUCGGAAAGAACACAGCUCGACGUUGCAGGCUCCGUGAAUGAGCAGCUAGAUUUUAAUGACGAAAGUGACGUAAUUAGUGCAUUAAACUACAUACUGCCUUAUUUCUCAGAGGGCAAUCUAGAAGAUAUAGAAUCAACAUUGUUACCAUUCAUUAAACUGCUUUUUGCUAGUACACAAGGAGAUAAGUCUUUGGGUUCCUUGGAAACCAAUCCAAGGAUCCCCUCUAUAAAACCUUAUGAAAGCAAAUUGAGAAAGCUUUAUUUUCUAGAUAAUUUGUUAAAUGCAGAAAUUCAAGCAAAAAUUAAUGCGGUUAAAAGAAGAGAAAAAGCCGCCAUGCUUAUGCAGCCCAUCCUGUUAGGUCCCAAAUUUAAACGCCAAAUCUUCUUAAAGAAAUUGGAAACUGCCCAGUCACAGCAGAGCAGCUUGGCGACCACUCCCAGGGGAGGGCGAAGGCUGCAGAGAGUGAAAAAAGUCAUCAAGCGGCUGACGGGCUUACGGAAAAGGCUCCGCCAGGAGAGGAGAAAGCAGAGCAUCAGGAGACAGAGCACAGGGCCCCUCGUGGAGAGCUUCGCUGAAGGUGGGCUGGGGAGGGCAGGCCCUGGCGAGCUGGAGGAGCUUAACCAUGUGGUGCAGAGGCCCAGACAGGAGAUGGGAAACUCCCUCCACACUGAGCCCUCGCUCACAAAGGAACACGAGGCCAUGGCCUCCCCUGUCCUGCAGGAACGCAUCAUGGGCAGGUCUUCUGCUGUCUCCCUUGCAGAACCUCUCCCUGAGUUCAACAACAAAGGAAAAGACUUAACCUACACCAUGUUUGUUUUAGAAGACGCAAAUGCUAGAGUGAAAAAGACAGAGGCAGCAAAACCAAUCUAUUCUGAACCAAAUUACCGCUUUCCUAAAACCCGCUCUCAUCUGGUCCUCAGAACCCCCAAGGCCGAAUUGAGUCGGAAGUUCAGAAGGAAAAAUCCCCUCCACGCACAAGUAAAGAGGCCUCCCUUCCUUGCGUUGCGGAGUCUCAUUAACUCCCCUUCCCGAGAGGCUUCGUCCCCGGGAGACCUGACUUCUCAGCGAAGUCCCGCUCUGGAAGAGAUUGUCUUGGAAAAUGUAACUGAAGAAAACCAUUCUAUGGGAAGCGAUUUGGAAGGAAACACUUUGGUAGAAAACAUGGUUGAGCUGGAAGAAACGCUCCCUGCCAACACAACCCAGGAGAAUCCUCUGGCUGCAGGUUCUGCUGGGACUGCACUCAGCUCAAUGCCGACCACUAAGCACACCAAUGAGACGCAACGGGAGUACCCCAACAUGAGCACUGAUGCCCCCUCCACUCCCGCAGACUUCACCUACCCCUCCCUGUCGUCCCCGGGGGAUGAGUUUGAAAUUCAGCUCAACCAGCAGCUCCGCUCCCUCAUCCCCAACAACGACGUGAGAAAGCUCAUUUCUCAUGUUAUCCGGACUCUGAAAAUGGACUGCUCGGAGACCCAUGUGCAACUGUCCUGUGCCAAGCUCAUCUCCAGGACAGGCCUCCUGAUGAAGCUUCUCAGUGAGCAGCAGGAGGUAAAGGUGGCCAAGGCAGAAUGGGAUAUGGACCAAUGGAAAACUGAGAACUACCUCAACGAGAGUACAGAAGCCCAGAGUGAACAGAAGGGGCCGGACUCAAGUGAGCUCACAAAAGAAGUCCCAGGAUACGGUUAUAACAACAAACUCAUCCUGGCAAUAUCUGUGACUGUGGUAGUGAUGAUUUUGAUCAUAAUUUUCUGCCUCAUUGAGAUUUAUUCUCACAGGGCAAAAACAGGGGGAGAUGUCGAACAAUCUUCAAGGGGCUUUUUCCAACAUGCGCCCAGGAAGUGCACGGACGGCGAGGCGCAGGCGGGCUUUUUCUGGCUAAGGCGGCCUCUCUGGCUGCGGGAUAUGUACAGACCUCUCAACGCCACGCGCAAGACAGACAUGGCCCGGAAGCUCCACGACAAGGAGUCUUCCGACGAGGACGAGAUCUUCAACAAGGAUGCAGGCGAAGCGCCCGAGGAGCAGCCCACAGAGUGA